GGAAGGAUUUGUGCCGCGAGCGACGAGAUCGACACACAAGCAAGCUCUCGAUCAUCGAUUGUCCGAUACAAAUUCUAACCUCAAACUGGAUGGCCACGAAUGAACGAUAAACUCGGGACCGGAUAAAGAUGUUUUACCUGUUAGGGGAGGUUGUGUGCUUUUUUCGUCGUAUUUGUUGUUUUGCACCAUAAUUGGAUAUUAGCGGCUCGGAACAAACGCACGGGAGAAACCUUAAACGACCAUCAUUCCGAACGGUGUGGAUUUGUGUGGAGCGCACGCUGAACAAGAUUUUUUGCUCAGUGGAGGCUCUUCUCUUCUUGGCUUUGGACCGCUUUUCUAAAGUCACAACAGCCAGACCUACCUUUGAUACGAGGGAACGGGAGGGGUCAGGAUGGGAUUUGAUCCCUCGCCGUUCCUGUCGUGUGAAAGUCAAACCUACCUUGUCACUCUUCGAAUCUCCUAUGUGUGUGUGGAGGUUAUUGAGCGUUUAAAAGCUAAAGAACAUGACGAUUGCAAUUAAGAGAAACGCUUCAGGGUAGAACUAGAUCGAGAAUCGAUCGAACAUUCCUCUGCGUUAAAAUCUGAAUAUUUUUUUAACAGUUAUUUAGUAUGAACGAACCGUUAAGCAAGCCACCUCUCGGUUCUGAUCGAUUUCCCCUCCCCCGUAUGCACAACUUGAUGAAUGUUUUCCUUUCCACAGCAACGUGUGUGCAGCCUAGUGGAAAAAAGCACAGAAAAUGCAUAAGACAACCGUUGGCGGUUUGUGAAGUUAAAACAAAUGAUCAAAGAGUAGUGUGUGUACACCCAGCAAAGCCGGACGGAACGAGGAGAAAGUGUUGCAUCUUAAAAAAACAACGAGAGAGAAAGAGCAAAAAUAGUAUCAAAAAGAAUAGAAUGAUGAUGCUUUAAGCUCCGGGUGUUAUCGUUAUGGUGGUUGGUUGAUAUUACUAUUGAAGCAUGCUAGUUUAAGAAGGUUAUUGAAAGGAAAGAUCCUCCGAUAAGCGAGAAGUAACGCGCCGAGUAAUCACGCGGAGGUGAAGUGAAAUUCGCGGAUGUGUAAACGGUGUUCCCCAACUGAAGUUGAAUAAUUCGUCAACGAGAUCAAUACAUCUGCGGGCGUGCUGCGUGAAAGAAGCGCCGCAACCAGAAGGAAGGAAGCGGAACACGACGUCUUGGGAGAAUCAUCGUCGUCGUCGUCACUCACCGUCGUAUCAACCGAAAGCGGGGAAGCACUGUAAUCGAUUAAAGAGAGCGCUCUGUGGUGCAUGUGUGUGUGUGUGCGUACGUUGUACCAUUCUAUGCUUCCUUCGCAGCAGUAAGUGCUCUUGAAUCGUUCGCGUGCUGCUGCUCUAGUUGUGUAUCCAGAGUAUGUGAGUGUACGAUAUCAAUUCGCCAAAGACGACGCAUCCCCUUUAUCCUGCCGGUGGACGGCGUGACGAUCUCACACACAGAGUGGAGUGCAAGGUUGCUGCGAGCUACACUUGAUCGAGCCUGAACGGCGGGUGCAUUACAUCCCUCCAAGCAGCAGCAAGGCUUCUUACCUUACUACGUGUACUACGGAAGCCGAUCGCGCGCCGUGGUCCAACAAGAAGGAUCAAGUUGAGUGUGUGCGUGUGUUCAGUGAAGAGAUCGAUCCUUGAAAAAGCUCUCGAUCGCCGUUUUGUCGGGAUCCAAGAAAUUGGAAUAUCCGGCAAACGACAGUGUAAAAAUUAUUGCUGCUGCAACGGUUAAAACAAAGGGCACAAAACUGCAACCUGCCGACCAAGCCAUGUCGUCCGGGACGUUCGUUGAUCGAAUCGAUCCGUUCGCCAAACGUUCGCUCAAGAAGAAAAGCAAAAAAUCUCAGGGCUCAUCACGGUACAGGAAUUCACAGGAUGUGGAGCUGCAACAGUUACCCCCACUCAAAGUUGACUGUUCCAGCUUAGAGCAGGAGGAGCUGUUCAUACGCAAGCUGCGACAAUGCUGCGUUUCGUUCGACUUUAUGGAUCCGCUGUCGGAUCUGAAGGGGAAGGAAAUCAAGCGGGCAGCCCUAAACGAUCUUUCAGCCUACAUCACACACGGCCGUGGCGUGUUGACGGAAAAUGUCUAUCCGGAGAUUAUCAAAAUGAUAUCGGUGAACUUGUUUCGAACCCUGCCGCCCAGCGAAAAUCCUGACUUCGAUCCGGAAGAGGACGAUCCUACCCUAGAAGCUUCCUGGCCCCAUCUACAGCUGGUGUAUGAAGUGUUUCUUCGGUUUCUCGAAUCGGCCGACUUCCAAGCGACGUUCGGAAAGAAAGUAAUCGAUCAGAAAUUUGUACUGCAGCUGCUGGAGCUGUUCGAUUCCGAAGAUCCGAGGGAGCGUGAUUUUCUAAAGACCGUGCUGCAUCGCAUCUAUGGCAAAUUUCUAGGAUUACGUGCGUUUAUUCGUAAGCAAAUUAAUAAUAUAUUCCUACGUUUUAUAUAUGAAACGGAACAUUUCAAUGGCGUCGGCGAGCUGCUGGAAAUUUUGGGAAGCAUAAUCAAUGGGUUCGCUCUGCCGUUGAAGGCGGAACACAAACAGUUUUUGGUGAAGGUUCUGUUGCCAUUACACAAGGUGAAAGUGCUGUCCCUCUACCAUGCCCAGCUCGCUUACUGCGUGGUGCAGUUCCUCGAGAAGGAUGCCUCGUUGACUGAACCGGUCGUGCGGGGCUUACUAAAAUUCUGGCCAAAGACGUGCUCGCAGAAGGAGGUGAUGUUUCUUGGCGAAAUCGAAGAAAUACUGGACGUGAUCGAGCCGCCGCAGUUCGUUAAAAUACAGGAACCGCUUUUUCGACAGAUCGCCAAAUGCGUGUCCAGUCCACACUUUCAGGUCGCGGAACGAGCGCUUUACUUCUGGAACAAUGAGUACGCAAUGUCAUUGAUCGAGGACAACAAUGCCGUUAUAAUGCCAAUUAUGUUCCCGGCGCUCUACCGGAUCAGCAAAGAACACUGGAAUCAAACGAUUGUGGCCCUGGUGUACAAUGUGCUGAAAACAUUCAUGGAGAUGAACUCGAAGCUGUUCGAUGAGCUAACAGCAAGCUACAAAGCCGAGAGGCAGAAAGAAAAGCGGCGGGAACGGGAACGGGAAGAGCUGUGGAAGCGACUGAACGAGCUGGAAAUAUCGUCCCGUGCGCCAAACAAGGAACAAAAUCUGCUCACCAAUCAAUCGGCCGGUGGACUAAUACAGGACGCGUCAGCGGCUGGCGGCGGUGCGCAGCUAAACCCCAACCAACUUUCAUCGCCCACCGUUACAUCCGCAUCAUCCUCGUCGCCCUCGUCGGCAAACUCGACUGGCAAUAACAACAAUAAUAGUACCGCCGGUGCGGGCGCCGCCGCCCAGCCGCCGGGAUCGGCCGGUGCCGGGUCCGCGCUUUCCGCCGCCGCCGCCACCACUUCCCAGCAGAAUGCUUCGGCGGUCGAUGCGGCUGCCGCGUUAAGCAAGUGAUGUAAUAAAUAAUAUUUUUUCUAAACCCGCUUUCCUCCCAGAGAAGCGACCAUAAUAUGCAUAAUAAUAAUGCUGCAUACUACACCCCACACACACAUACAUAAUAACACACACACACACACAGCACACUGCGACCCAUCCUCACAGAAACACACACACACACACAGAGAUGCAUUAUAUUGAUGGAUCCACUCGUACUUGCAUUAGCAUCCUUUUAUUACCACGAACCACGGGAUUGGACGCUGAGAAUGAUUGUCAAGUGAUCCAUAUUUCAAUUGCGAUGCUGCAGCGUGUUGAAUCGUCGUCCAAAAAAAGGUCCCCCAAAUUGUUACGCCUGGUGGCAAAGGACUUGUUGGUGUUGAGGUGUGUGGCCCGCUUGAUGACGUGUAUCUUCGUCAGACCUUAGAAGAAUGGAGCCCAACGCGCCUGUUUUUAAUGUGUGGAUUCCGGCUUUCCCCCACACCUUUGAAUCCUCUAUAAUCUACUUAGCUUUGUGCGGCAAAUCAAGGCAUUCAAGAGAUCACUUCGAGAUAAUGGCACCUCCUGUACUCCAGAAAGAAGGUUAAGAAGGGCAAAAUGUUGAGUAAGGUAGAAGUCAUCAAUAGUUUAAUCAUCCAUUGCGCAGCCGCCCACCACCACUGCUUCUAGUGGGUGGGGUAAUGUUAUUUGCUUAUUUCCUUCUAAAAAAACAAACUUGUUCAUAUAAUGAUAUAAGUAUGCGUACAGCAGCAGCAGGAGCAACAGAGUCUAUCCUUUUCUCGGAUGGUUGCUUGCAAGGCAACAAUCCUGACUGUUCGUGUGUGUGUGUGCUGCGAAGAGGAUCACAUAUAAUGCAUAUGUGUGUUACCCUUUCUCUUUUAGCGCUCAUGAUGAACCAAGUGCAGCCAGGUAUCAUCUGCCUAGCUCUAAAGUAUGGGAAUUUAAGGAUACGAAAAGAAACACAAAUGAAAGCACAGGCAGUUGGACGGACUAAGGACGAUGUUUGAUGUGUGGGUAAAUCGUAGAAAUAUAAUGCAUUCACACCACCACUACACAUAUAUACACACACACACACACAUAACUACUACCCCCCCUCCCUCUCACCAUCAUCUCACGUUGUGGCACUUAAAGAAAAAAAGGGAGAGAAACAAUAGCAUAACACAAUAUCAUGUCUAAUUGCGUCUAAAGAAUCAGCUUUCGGCAGCAGCUAUCGAAGCAUUAGCAUUAGCAAAAAACUCACCCCCCCCCCCCCCUCCCUCCGAUGUGUUGUGUAGGGCUACGCGGCAUAAUAAAAGGCAUAAUAAUAUAACAACAACCCCCAACAAACCUUGAUACUUCAGGAAAACUGUGGACCGAUCACCAUCACCACCACCACAAUCACCGAUGAUAGAGAGAGAGAGAGAAAGUAUGGAAAAGCGAGUAAAAACAUAAAGUUAGAACAAGAAAGCAACAACAAACGGAACCUAAAACUCACACACACACUCACGCAACAAACAUCCCCAAGUAUCCAAUAUAUUGUUUACCCCUUCUCCUGUAUCUCUCACACAAUAAACAUCUUAACACACACACGCACACUGUCACUUACACAUCUUCUAACAGAAUAGCAGAGUAAAACGGGCAACAACAAGAAUACUGAAACUGAAAAGCAUGCUUAAUAUUCUAGAUUUAUUAAAACAAAACAAAACCAGUGUGUGUGUGUGUGUGUGUGGUGGUUGUUGUUGUAACUAGAAGAAAACGGAAAAAAGUGAGACACAAUUUAUAAGCGUCAACAGCAAAAAAAGAAAACACACACACACACACACUAUUAGGGUGAAAAAAAGCAAAAAACAAACAAACCGCGUGUGAAAGGACGCGGACGACGACGAGGGGCAACAAGUGCAAGUGGUGUAGUAGUGCAAACAAAAGCUGAAAAUCCCAAAAGCUGCGCAGCGUGUAACAAGGGGGAGAGAAAACAAAAAGUACGUCUAAUUAAAAAGCAAAAGUAAUGUAAAACAAAACGAAAAAAAUCAUCUAAAUAUUAUGCAAAUCGAUGAUGAUGAUGAUUAUAACAAAGUGAAUUAAUGCAACAAGAGAGAAAAAAAACAAAAAAAAAGAAAACACACACACACACACACUAUAGGACGAUAUACGAUGCGCAAGAGAAGAAGUAAAGAAAAUGCGACAGCAAGAAGAUACGUUGUGAAGCUGUGCGUGCGUGUAAACAAUGAACACACACACACACGCGCGCGCGUAAGUCCCCCUGACACUGCAUAGAAAAAACCACGCAUUGCUAAAAACAAGAGAUGUAUUUGUUGUAGUUAUAUGAAAAAUUAUAAUAUUAAUUAUUAUUACACUCCCGCGGCUAGGAACACACACAUAUACAGAAAAGCACACACACACGUAAGGAAGAGAAGAAGAAAAGAGGGGUAGAAGGAGAUCCUCCCGCGAGCGCGCACCACACACACACACACACACACACACACAGGCGUAAGGAGGGAAUCCGUGUGCCGGAGAGGAGCAGCUGGAGAGAAGGAAUGAGAAGUGGGAGGAUCCAGUGGGAGGUAGGUGUGAUUUUCAUCGGAAGGGAGGUUUGAAAAGUUUCAGGCAAUUUCUGUUCUGUUUCUCUGCCCCAGAAGAUCGAACGGGGUAAUCGCGAAGGUGUGUGUGUGUGGUAUGUCAAGAUGAUGGUCAUCACACCUAGAGUGUGUGCUGCGUGUGACCCCGUGCGUUUUUUUUUCGAUGUGAAUGGUUAGAUAAAACAAAAAAGUGGAAGAAGAAACACAUGAGUUUCUUCUCGCGCCACCGCGCUCUCCCUAUGGAACUGUUGUUGUUUAUCGCUCCUGUGUAGCAAAAAUGGGGGAGAAGGACAAACGGAAAAGCUAUAUCCACAUACAAAACACACACACACACACACACACACACACACACACACACACGCAUGCUCUGUACGCGUUAUAAAAAUAAGGAACAAAUAGAAAAUAAAAGGAAAACAACAUAGAAACGAGAAAAGAAAACAACUAACUAAAAUCACUUAAUCAACGUACACGGAACAUACACACACACACGCACACGCUACAUCUACCAUUAGAAGCAAAAAAAAUAAAAAAAUCACUUGAACACAUACAAACACAGGACCUGGACAACAAGUGAAUGGGAAUAUCAUAUAGACGCAGUUUUAAGACGUGGCCAACCAAACAAAAAAAAAAAGAAAAGGGGGAGAAAAAAGGAGAAAAACAAACCUAUUAUAUACAUACCCGGACACAGACACACACACGGUUAUAUUAUAAAAACGUAUAUAAGUGCCGUAUCACGAGCGUAGCGUGUAGAACAGCUGAGAUUUGAGAUGAAAUUUAACUACCAAAACCACCACCAUCCUACAAAGAGUAAGGGCGACAACAGAAAAUGGCGCGCCCCCACACACAAGAACUCACACACACACACACCACGUGCCGUGCGUACGAGAGAAUUCCCGCUGUAUAUUGUAACAAUAAUAGUCGUGUGUCAAUGGUAUGGUGUGUUGUGUAAGCUAUCAACAUUCUCUAUUCUCUGUGCCGCCGCGCUUAACACUAGCGAACCAAACGAUCGUAGAACCGAGAGCUCCGUAUUUGUUAAAGCUGUUAGAUCGUUUACUGUAUCAUUUCCGGCGAGAAAGAGAGCGUGUGUGAAGGUCCUUGUUUUGGGGGAGGGGGGGGGGCAAUCGUUUUUGAUUUUUCUUCCUUUUGUACAUGCAGUAGUGCUUUCUGUUUGUUGCACGCUCUGUGUGGCUUCGGCUGGGCUAAGCUUGGACCUUUUGUCACCCACCCCAACCAAGAAGUAGUGUUGUGUCUACUAGCGCCACACACACACACACAUACGGGAAGAAGGAGCUUUCUUCCUCGGACAAACCACCAACCUGCCAGUCCCCAGUAGAGUAUAGGUCUAUGUGUUAAAUCCCUAAAACAGUGGAUUGUGGAUGUCCCGCUUGAAGAAAAAAAACUCCCUCUAAUACGCUUCAAAGUUAGAGUAAACUCAGUUUGAAUUUUUUCGAACGACUUUUAGUUUCUUUUCUCUUUCGCCUUUCGCCCGUACAAAUGCGCGGUUGGACGGAAGCACACAAUAUUCGGAACCUCCCCCUCGUCUGUCUUAUAGUAAACGAUUAUUCACGCAGGUGAACCAGAUUAUGCUGCUGGUUAGUUACGGCACGCGGGUGCGUGAGCUAUGUAAAGUAGGAUACGACAGCAAGCAGCAUACACGAUACAUCAGUAGACAGAGCUGGACGGUACAUGAUAAAUGAUAAACCAACUAAAACGUGAUACUAAAGAAGAACACUCACAAACACCGGCCGCCCACCACCAACCAACAACCACCCGAAAGCAAACCGGAGCAAAAAUCACACACACACACACACCCUCCCCGUAGUAGGAAUCACAACAUACCCUAAAAUAAAGAAAAAAUAUGAAACAAAAAAUUAACAAAGAACAAAACAAAAAAAAACUCGUGGAAAGAACAUAUGGGAGGGGAAAGAAGAAAGAAUAUAGAAAUGCUGAAGAAAGCAAAACAAACAACAACACACCUAAUGUCGAUAACAGUUGAAGAGGCGGCCAAACUCUCUCGGAGUGUGUGUGUGUGUUACGCUGAGAGAUGAUCGCGAUCUAAACCACGAGCGCCACGCGCGCUCCUGUACACGUGUCGCGGAAAAGGGCGUCGAGAAUAAAAAGGAAAACAAAAUGCUUGAAAACACAAGGUAUGUUGUAGUAGGCAGUAGGGAUAAGAGAAAUAGAGAAGAUCGACCGAGAGAGAGAGAGAGAGAGAGAGAGAGAGAGAGAGAGAGAGAGAGUGAAGGAAACACAAGCGGGCAAGCCAAGAGUAGCGGGGGGGCAAAGAAAGAAAGAAGUGUAAGCAAAAGUUGUCUGUUAUUAGCACAGGCAGCUGCUAAUAAUUACUCUACAAUAUUGUAUUCAACUAAAGGAAGCAAUGGAAAACAAAACAAACAAAAAAAAACAACAAAACAGAUGGAUAGAUGCAUCAAUAAAAACAAAA